AUGAUAGAUAUACUUUAUCUAUUUUUUAAUGCAAUGGAAAUUCUAUUUACUUCAACAUAUCCAACUAUAAGCGAUGUUAGAUUAACUAUAUUUGGAUUAAUUCAUCAUCUUAAUUUUUUUUUAGAAGAUUCUUUGAGUGAUAAUGAUUAUUUAUUUAUUGAGUCUAUUAAUUCUAAACAAAAUAAGUAUUGGAAUUACAUUAAAGAAUCAACAACAAUAAGCACAUUAUUAGAUCCAAGAUCUAAGACAAAAACAUUUAUAACUACUGAGCAAUGUAAAAAAGCUAUAAAUAUGCUAUAA